GGCAGUCACACUGUGUUCUGGAUUGUAGCAGCGUGGACCUCCUGACUGCAGCCCGCUCUAAAACCUCCUCCAGCGAGCGCCCAUCAGCCGACCGGCCGACAGCCAUGGACAUGAAACUGCUUGCGCUGACAGCUCUGCUGGCCGUGGCCAUCAAUGCUCCGAUCUCCAGCGCCAAGCCCAUCAGCCUGGUGGAGAGGUGCUGGUGUCGCUCCACCCUCAACACGGUGCCCCAGCGCUCCAUCAAGGAGCUCAAGUUCCUCCACACGCCCAACUGCCCCUUCCAAGUCAUUGCCAAGCUGAAGAACAACCGGGAAGUGUGCAUCAAUCCAGAGACCAAGUGGCUUCAGCAGUACCUAAAGAAUGCCAUUAACAAGGUGAAGAAAUCCAGGAGACGCAAUCACAAAGCCUAAACAAAUCAAGUCAAGGGGGGAUUGCACGCUGAGGACCUGGCAACGCGGGGAGCCGACAGGGGCCGACACCGGGACCUCUCCUUCCACUGCUACGGAUGUAUGUUGUAUGUCACGCACGCGUACCACCCGUCCACCCGGCUUGGGACCAGUCACAGUGCCAGCACUUCUCCUCCAGAAUAGUCCUUCCCAGCACUGCUGUUUCUGCCGCUGGAUCAAGCUUCUCCCUUAAAGACACAUCUUCCAUUAUAGCACCAAGUGCAUUUAUACCUUUUUACAUAUAGGAGAAUUGCGUGUGAUUUCACAUACUGAGGGUGUAUGUGCAUCAGUGCAUGAAUGUGUGUGCGCGUGCGUGCAUGUGUCCGUUCAUGUAUAUGUGCAUAAAUGUGUGUGCGUGUGUGUGUGUGCGUGAGUGGAUGCAUGUUUGUGUGAGUGCAUGCCUUCUUGUUUGAGUGUUUGGGUGCGUGUGUGCACAGAGAAUGUACAGCAGCAAACUGAAUGUGUGACUGUGUGCGAGAUGUUUCCUACUGUACAAUGCAGUCAAGCUAUAGCAUAUGAACUCUCAUCUGUGUAUCACUUGCAUGGGUUUCAAUCCCAGGGUGUGGGUCACGCCAAAUGGGGUUCUAGGGACAUAUAGACAUGCCAGUGGGCUGCUCCGUAGGUGGGCGACCAAUCAGGACAGGGUUCAGCUAACAAAAUGUCUUCCUCUUUGUUGUUGUUGUUGUUGUUUUGGGAGUGCUGAGUUCAAACAGUGAAGGGAAGUUCACAGACACUUUUCAGGACCAGGCACUGACGAGACGGUGCUUUCUGUUAUAUAUGCGGGGGCCAGAGCCAUCACGACUAAAGUAUUUCACUGUAUGUUUUAUGCAAGACGCAGGGGUUUUAAUUGUACUGUUAUAGCCACCUCUCAUGUAAGUUACAAUAUAGUAAAUAAGCUGAGUAUGCUUAAAACGAAGGCCUUUACCAAGAACUUCCACUGGCGCAUUCCCUUAAAGAGGUCAACUCGUGCUGUGAACUCAGAGGGGAGGUUAACCAUACUAUGGCUGUGCUGACAUUUCUUUUUGCAAAAGCAUCGUUCUUAUCAAUGCAGGGGUAUCACAUAUCAAUGCAGCUUUUUUUUUUAUGGACUAAACAUAUUUUACAUCUUAGUGAACAAAGACCAAAUAUGUCUAUGAAAUAGGUAAUAUGCAUCACAAACCUUUUUUGUCAUUUGUUUUUUAUACAAUAUUACACCAAUUUGUUCAUCUUAACAUGAGUGUAUAUGUUUUAUUAAAUAUGGAAUAUAAAAGAGAUUUAAAUUCUUCAUCAAUGCCUGAAAUGAUUAAAGUUAUAUUGAAAGGGAAUGCUAAUCUGUUAAAUAUUUUAUUUGUUUAUCCUUUAUAUAUUUAGACAUUUGAGCCACUUUACAAAAAGAUGCUUCUUCUUAAUGUAAUUAUUUUUUGUAUUGUUUUUAAUCUUCGAAAUAUUUGCAUUUUAUGCAAGCUACACAUGCAGUACUCAAUGAAGACGUUGUGUUUGAGAUUGUUUCAUCAGUAUUACCACAGUAUUAUAAUAUUAACGACAGCCUUCAUGCUUUUUCUAAAAAGUACACGGGUAUGCAUACACAGCCACAAGUACACAUACACACAGACACACAGAUAACAUGCAUAUAUGAAAUCAUUUUUUGUCUCCAACAUACUGUUUAAAUUUUAAAACAAAUAUUUAUCUCACUGUUUCUGGGUUGUGUCAAUUACCCACGAGUCAUUCGUUUUGAAGGCAGCAAUUUCAUUUCUUGUGUCAAUAGAGCUAUCAGCUAUAGGGUAGAGGGAUUUCUCAGAACCCAUACAGUGGAACGGCAUAUGUUUCUAAUCUGGCCAAUCACUUGCCCCCUAUGUGCAUUUUCACCUUGGUUUUCCUUACAAUGAAAGAAUAAUGUGUGUUUAUUUUCUUUGGUGAGGGGCAGAGGCAUAUAUUCUAUAUGUUUUAAAUUCUCGCUGUUAUUUCAAACCAUUUUACACCAAUUUGGAAAUUGGCUCACCGUGCCAACAAAUCAGGUCGCAGAGAGACUCAGCUGUACUGGUCUUUAUAGGUUGUCAUGGGGAUAUCUAUGGAGUUAUUAUUUUGACCAAAUGUACACAUUUUUAACAAUUUAUUGUUGUCAUUUUUAUUUUUCAGUCUUUCUCAUUGCAAAGUGAUAGUUUGUAGGCCGAGUGUAACAAGGGAAAAAUAGAGAUUUCAGAGGAGUUUAUUUCCCUUGGGUGUACAUAAAUAUUUUUGUCAAACUGGCUGCAAAAGUUCUACUUAAGACCCCAAGAAAAUGUGAAAUGGUGGCUUUUCUUUCUGGGCAGCUUCAAGCAUGUAUUAUCUUUCUAACCUUCUGAGAUUUCACUGCCGGUAAACCGAGAGAGAAAGGUCCAGCCUUUAUGUUACUCUGUAUUUCAAUAAAGUGUUACACAAUUUAAACGGAUUGAU